CUUUUGUGUUUAGCGCACUUACAUUAUCGGGUGACGAAUCUAGAGGGAAACAACUUUAGCGCCGAGUACCAAUAAUUCAACUAGAGUCAGCGAGUGUUUUUUCGUUAGUACAUAGUGACUUAGUGAAUAGGCUUACUGCUAUUCCACGGAUAGUAAUAAUAAUUAUAAUAUUGGAAUGCCAAUUACAUACUUUGAAGUUUAAUUAUCAAAGUAACAAUAUAAACUAGAGAGUAUAUUUUAUUUACCAAUACAUACACAUUGAAAUAUUUGUUCAGUGUCAAAGUUUAAGAAAGUUACUUUGCAAUCUACAGAAAUACGAAAUAGUGGGGAAAAUGGAAUUACAAAAUUGGAGUAUUUCGAUGCUUGUAUUGUGUUUUGUAUAUAAGGCAUUAGGUGAAGAUAUUCUAGAAACGAGAGCGAGUAUUGCAGCGUUUAAGGGUCACCGUGUCACAUUGCCCUGUAAAUUCACCACCACCAGCACGGGCGAAUGGAUGUUCAUACGAUGGACGCGGACAUACAACGACUCCGUUAUCAACCUCGCAAAUAUUCAAAACAAUGUUUUUUCCGCUAAUUGGGCCCCGGGAGCGCCCGAAGAUUUUAGGGACCAUGUUGAAUUACAUAAGUCAAUUAAGGACGGGGAAUACUCACUGGACCUUAUCAUAGAUGGCUUUAGAUGUUCUGAUAUUGGACUUUAUACAUGUGAUGUCUUCACAAUGACUAGCAGUUCAAAUAUUGUAUCUGAGUCAAACCUAGAAAUGAAAGCAAAUCCUGGACAACCGUCAAUUACAACCAAUACUAUAGAAGUAAAAGAAAACGACACAUUUAGAAUAGAAUGUAAUUCUAAUGUAGGAAUACCAGCAAGUACUAUUUCUUGGUGGUACACACUCCCCGAUGCAUCUCACAUUUACCAGAAAGUAACGGAGGGCAUUGUACAGGAACUGACGUCAACCGAGGACUGUUCCAACACAGCCGCCAUGAGUACAUUGACCUUGACGAUGUCUGCUGAGCUAGAUGGGGCGGUUUUCGUCUGCUCUCCAACACUAGAUGUGGGGGAAGACGGAAAACCACAAAACGCAGAUGAAGUUAAGAUAAUAUUAUAUGGAAAAGAAACAACAACUCAAUCGACUGCGGCACCGACAACAAUCAAAGCAACAAUAACUACAGAAGUAAGCAGUGCAAAUAAUGCUUCUUUACAGUUCAGUGCCAUCUUACUGUCGUGCCUAGUGACAAUUUUCAAUUUAUACUUCACGAGAGCGACUUGAUUCAGGGGAAGAGCAAUAGAAGGGAAAUAACUGUGCAAAAUCCAUUCAUUAUUUAUAAGGAAGAGUUGUCUUUCUUAUUCCAUUCUUCACUUAGGCCAUUUUAUUU